AUGUACUCGAGUAUCUUCCCCUUCCUAGUUCCUUCCCUUGCGUAAUAGAAAGAGAGAUCUCCCGUCUCGUCCGUCGUCUCCUCCGCUCCUUGCGCCAAGACGAGUCGCGGCUCAACAGAGGAGGGGCGCCGAUCUCCAUCUGGCGAGCAGAGCAGGGGAGGGGAAGGGAAGGUAUCCUGAAAGAUGCUUAAUCUUAUCAAAAUAAAGGAUAAAAAGAAAGAGCAGGCAGCAAGUGCUGCUGGAAAGGCUCCUGUGAAGAAGCAAUCUGCUGGAGAGCUCCGUCUUCACAAAGAUAUUAGUGAGCUAAACCUACCCAAGAGCACAUCAAUUUCUUUUCCCAAUGGCAAGGAUGAUCUGAUGAAUUUUGAGAUCAUCGUCCGACCUGAUGAAGGAUAUUACCUAGGUGGCACUUUCGUCUUUACUUUUCAAGUCUCUCCCUCUUAUCCUCAUGAACCUCCAAAGGUGAAGUGCAAGACCAAGGUAUACCAUCCAAAUAUUGAUUUGGAAGGAAAUGUAUGCCUGAACAUUUUGCGUGAAGAUUGGAAGCCUGUUCUCAACAUCAACACUGUUAUUUAUGGCCUUAACCUUCUUUUUACGCAACCAAACGAUGAGGAUCCGUUGAACCAUGAAGCAGCAGCUGUCCUCCGUGACAACCCAAAGCUGUUUGAAGCUAAUGUUAAAAGGGCAAUGGCCGGAGGCUAUGUGGGUCAACACUAUUUCCCAAGAUGUGCAUGAUAUGGUGCUGGGUGCCACAAACAUUAGUAAGUUAAGCCACCUGGGCCUCUUCCCGACAUUCUGGAUUGUAUGGUUUCGGUGCGUUAAAGUGCUGUCGGAUGGAUGUGAUAUGUUGACUGUAUGACGGCGAUGCUGCCAUCUGUGUGAUAUUUGUUUAAAGUCAGUAAAUUGGUAAUCUGGUGGUGGUACAGAUAAAAUUUGAGUUGCAGUUCAAGCUGGAUUUAUACAUCAUUUUCUUUUGUGCAGUUUGCUUCAGUCA